AUGGGCCGCUCCAACGAUACCCCGACAGGGGGCUUUGAGCCGCCUGCCGGGUACUCGAUGGCACACCUUGUACAUGACUUGCCGAUGGAUGGAAAAGAAUUGUGGGUCAUCCGUCUGCCGGAUGGCAUCGAUACCCAACAGCUGGACGGUGUGACUAUGCCGCUGAGCAUGCUAGAGCAAGAAGCGCCUGGUACCCUGGCCUCUAUUACGGUCUCCGACGAUGCUAUGUACGAUGUUCAUGUCGCAGCACAGACCACGUCCGAACGUGCGGCUUCUGGUUCGUCGCAGCUGAUUGAUAUGGCUGGGCCGUCACCCGGCGGCGUUUUUUUGGAUCCCUCGUUCCUGAGCACAUCGAAGAGUGCUGGUGUCGCCUCGGAAAUGAUUGGGAUCACGGCACUGGUACCACAAGACGAUGGAUCGCUCUCUAUGAUGCCCAUUACUCGCCGGCUAUUUUUGGCACGGCAGGCCCCGCCAUCCAAGCGUCGCACAGAGAUCUCCACGGCGCCGCCUCCGAAACAUACCCAGCCAUGGGAUCGUUUGAAAGGUUCCUUCCGUCCUACAGGCUCGAUUCGCCCAUCCUCUUCCUCCUCCUCCUCCUCUCAAGCUAUGGCUGUGGACGAGGCUGACACCACGGCAUCGCAUAGCAAAAAGAAGAGCAGCAAGUCUUCGAAGGAUACCGACAAAGCCGAGAAGAAGCGCAAGAAGCAUACGAAUGAUGAACCAGCCAAGAAAAAACAGAAACAGUAG